UGAAGUUCUAAGUUCUUGUUAGCAUUUUACGUCACAUGAGUUUUAUCUAUUGGCAACUUCGAUUAAUUUUCUUAUUAGGUUGCUUUAAAUUGGCAAUAUUUUGUAAGUUUCCGUUUUCCGGGGCAGAACAGGCAGAAGACAAAAUUUUGAAGUUCUAUAGUUAUACAAACAAUUCAUUAGAGCUUCGAAAAAUACUUCAAAAUGCCGGCGUAUCAUUCUCAACUUAAGUCUGCAAAUUUAGUUGGGAAUAUGGCUUUAUUACCCAUUAAAACGCAAUUUAGGGGUCCAGCCCCACGAGGAGAAUCUGAUCAAGAAGAUAUAAUCGAUGAAGCAAUUUAUUUUUUCAAGGCUAAUGUUUUCUUCAGAACCUAUGAAAUUAAGAGUGAAGCUGAUCGUGUUCUAAUAUACUUGACUUUGUAUAUUACAGAAUGUUUAAAAAGGCUUCAAAGAUGUUCUAAUAAAGGUCAAGGCUCUCAAGAAAUGUACAGUUUAGCAAUUGCUAAAUUUGAUAUUCCAGGUGAAUCUGGUUUUCCUUUAAAUGCUGUAUAUGCUAAGCCAUCUUCAUCAAGUGAGGCAGAUUUAAUGCGACAGUAUCUUGUACAGCUUCGACAAGAGUGUGGAGCUAGACUUUGUGAAAAAGUUUUUGACCCUGAAAGUGGAAAACCAAGCAAGUGGUGGCUGUGUUUUACUAAAAGAAAAUUUAUGGAUAAAAGCCUAUCAGGACCUGGACAAUAGUUUUUUAUAAAUAUCUUGUUACAUUUCGAUUUUUAAAAAAUUCUUCAUGCGACAGAAAAUGUAAGAUAUGUUGCUUUAAAUUUAGUUAGUUGUGAAAUAUGUUUACUUAUUGCAAUCAAUAAUUUGUUCAUCAUUGUUAGUGUACUUCUCAUGGUCGUUACCUAUUUAUGUAUUGAUAACAUGCAUUAUCACUCAUUGAUUUAAAUAGUGAUGUAAAUUAAUAUUAUCCUAAUGCUUUUUCAUUUCUAAAAUUAUAAUUGAUGAUUGAAAUUACUUACUGCAUUGUUUAUGUUUUAAUGCCUUUUUUAUUAUUUAAUAAUAACAUAAAUGAAAUAUGAUUUUAAGAAUUAUUCUGUAUAAUUUGUAAAAGCUAAUAAAUAAACUUGUUAUAA